CUACGUCACAUAGUGAACAUGAGAGCGCCCACAGCACACAGCAUUAAAGCGACACACUUCACUGUCUCAUGGGCACCACUGGGUUUAUAUUAACCGAGACAGUUCAGUGGAUAUAUCACUACAAAUUCAGUGUGUUCUGGGUUGGCAGGUAAACAGGUCGGUCUGUAAUCCAGGCAGAUUGCAUCAUCUUCUCUUCCGCGAUGAGGCUCUGCUGCUGCUGUAGUAAAAACUGACAGGACAUGGGACAACAAGUUCUGCUUUACUGGCCGAAUAUUAUUGGUUACAUUAGGAUUGCUCUUGUGAUUACAGCAUGGGCUGCAUAUGAAGCACCAGCAUUCUUCGUCUUUUUUUACUCCAUCUCCAUAGCUCUUGAUGGAGUGGACGGCUGGCUGGCGAGGAGGCUGGGUCAGACGUCGAGGUUUGGGGCCUGGCUGGAUGUAGUGGUAGACAACGUGGGCAGAGCGAUGCUGUGGAGCCUGCUGUUCAAGUGGGGUUGGUUGAUGUCAGCAGUGGAGUGGUGUGUGUUUGUGUGUAACCACAAUGCCAGAGGAGAUCACUGGAAGAACAGCUUUAGCAGCAGCCCUCAACUCAUACGCGCCAUCAUGGACAACGGGUUUCGGACCCCUCUCGGCCUGUGGGUGGUGAGUGGUCUGCACUGUCUCCCUCUCUGGCUGUACGGGUCUCAGAAAGGUUUACUCUCCCACUGGAUGUACCUGCCGCCCUCGAUACAGAAUCUGGUGACUGUGCUGCUGGCUGCAGGCCGCCUGCUGGCUCUCUCAGCAGAGAUGUGGUGUAUAAGGACACACAUUGAAUACUUAACCAGUGAGGAAACGGAAGACAAGAAGAGCUGAAGGUCACUCAGCAGUCAUCUUCUGUUCUCUCCUCUUUCUCUCAGUUUUUGGGAGAUUCAGAUGAAAGUAUGCGGCUGCUCUACAGGUACAAGUUGAUAUUAUCUGACAUAAUCUUGACCUCUCACUUCAUGUUUAGCUAAACAAAGAAUUUAUCUUGUGAACUUCAUUGAUUUUGUUUCGAGCUGCUGAGAUAUAAGAUGGCAUCAUCCUUUACCAAACCUAUAAAUGAAUGUGAUAGAAAAGACCGAGGACACUCAGGAACACUUUAUGUUAGGCUGAAUCUUCUAUGGGAUUAUAGAUAUUAUUUCUGCUUUUUAAAGGGAACUCAAGGAAGGAACAAAAGAUUCUUCAACCUCAGCAGAGAGACUGUGCAAAACCUUUUCUGACACUGUAAAAGUAGGAGAGUUUAUGAUUAGCACGACUCUGGUGAUAUGAUCUAAUCAUAAUACAGGUUUACUAUUCAGUAUUUGAAUCUAUAAGAAAGGCGAUAUAAUGUUCUUAAGACUUGUGCUGUUGGUGUUUGCACAAGCUCUAUGCUCUUACUUGUUCUGUCUCAGCUUACAUUAAGUUGGAGGUUGGAAAAGUCAAAUGUAUGGUGGCCGGGAGGUGUCAAACUAAUUACAUAUCCAAAAUGCUUUGUGAAAGAAAAACACAACAAUUAAUUGAAAAGAUGAAUGCAAACAGCUACAACAGAAGAUGAACAGAAAGAUCAUGUAAAUAAGUGAAUGCUCAUUUGAGAUGAUCACAUGGUGAAAGUUAUCAAAGCUAACGUUAGAGAACUACCAAACAUUGUUUCAUUUACUUUCACAGUUUCUUCCACGUGUCCGUCAGGUAAAACAGUCCAUUAGAAACACUGCCGAUAGUCGGCCCAUUUCAGCUUUUGUUGUGGCUUCUGUAUUUGUUUUAUACCUUCUGCAUAUGUGUUGUUGUUUUUCCAUUAAUGCAGUUGUGUUUGUCUUGCUUUUGAAAAAGGUUUUGGAUCUUUCAUUUGUCUGACACCUUCCCGCCGUAGUAAAAAAAGAUGAAUAUAGUUAACAACACUGCCAUCUUUUGGCCGGGGGGUUUAAACACAACACAAAAAGAAUCAGCAGAAAUAUUCAAAUCUUUGACGGGUAACUGUAGAUUGAAAAACAUCAAGGUUUAUUGUGAAUCAAUGCAAUAUAAUAAAAUAAUCUUAAAGUGUAUCAAUGGUCACGUGUCCCCGUAGUGUAAGGACUGUCAAAAUGCUGGAUAGAGGUAUGAACAUGACUGCACUAAACUAUGUUCUGUGGGUGAUAAGAAUGAUUGUGAUGGCAGGGAUUUUCUUUAAAAAAUGACUCAAGGAGCCAAAGGGAGACGCUUAUCGUUCACAUCGAUUACACUCUAAUAAGGGAUUCAGUUUUGUUUAAAACUGAGCAGCAAAGUUACAUUCAUGUUUAAUCUGAAACCUGGACAGUUUCUGCAAAACGCACCAACAAAGAGGGAAAGUCCAGAUGUUAUUAUAAUCUAUAGAGCAUUACUACUAAACACAAAGCUGAUUUAGUUACAUGUUUAUUUGAUAUUGAUUGUAGGGACUUUAAAAAAGACCUGAAUGGAUUUGGUUAAAUAAAAAGUUAGUUUUUUUUACCAAUGUUUUUUUUUUUUUACUGAUUUGUUUUAAAGCUGUGGCUUUACAGUUUAAGUUUUUGCUUUUGUGAAUGUUUGUAAAGUCAACUAUUAAAGUCUGUUGAUAAAAUAAAGUCCUCACAGAAACUGAGAUUGUUUGUGUAAUUCAAACAGAUAUUACACUGUGAAAAGGAUAAAAGCUGUUUUUCACACAUUGCUAAAGGUUUUAUUUUCAAUAAAUAUAUAAAAGAAA